UUGCUGUUUGUGUGGAGCCGUGUCGUUCUGUGCACUACUCGGUGUUUUAAUCCCCGUGGUAGCACAUCUAGGACUACAGCCAUACCCAACAGGAGGUUCUAGAAUAUCCCUGUUGUGAUGUCAACGUUGACAAAAUGAAGUAAAAAGGAUUUAUUUGUUCUCGUUGACGAACUGUGGAACUGGGGAGGACGUCAUCAAAGAGAACCAAAAUGGAGUCAUGUGCAGAAAGCCUGGUCCAGGAGUUUAGACCAGAGAGUCUCGGCUUGAACCAUGACAACCCCUCGGACUUUGUCAGACCACAGUGGCCUAUUAACCAGAAGAUAUAUGUGGCGUACAGACUGGUAAUUGCCGCGGGAAUGGUGGGCUGGAUAAUUGCAGACGUCAUGUAUGAGACGGAAGUGUUUUACAGUGAUAGGAGAUGGCUUUACCUCAUUUACGCCACUAACUGGAGUUUCAUCCUCCUGGGAUUGACCGCUAUUGUCCAGGCAGUCUGUGUGACCUUCUAUUCCAGUCGUAGCCGGCCUUCUAUUUCAGAUCGUCAGACGUUUGAGAGAAUGCCUCGAUCGCUGAAGCUCCAAUGGGGUCUACAGAACCUCAGUUACAAUUCUGCUGUGGUCGUUACCAUUUCAUACUGGGGAUUCCUGACCUUUCUAGACACAUCCAAGAUCUUGAUGUCGGAUAUGAGUCGCCUAAAACACACGCUGAACACUACCUAUGUUGUCCUUGACCUUCUGAUCAGCGCAGCUCCAAUGCGCAUACUCCAUAUGCUGUUUGCCAUCAUGCUCGGUUCUAUCUACUCUCUUUUCAACGCCAUCUACUUCCUGAAUGACGGCACUAUCCUGCAAGGACGCCAUUACGCCUAUAACGUGUUAAACUGGGAGAAUCCGGCAGAGGCAAUUGUUACGUGCGUUUUAUGCAUAGUUCAGGCAAUUCUUAGCCAGUUUAUUCUCUAUGAAAUUUACAAACUUAGGUCAUGGAUAUUUAGUAAGACUUACUUUGACAUGGCGACGAGCCGGGACGGUUCGGAAAUGCAGAGUAUCAUGGCCGAGAGUCCAAAAUAUAUGACAUUAGAUGAGAAGAGAGAAGCGGAAGAGCACGUGACACAGUGACGUAAUGUUAGUUCACUGACGUCAUGCUAAAUAUAUGUAUAUCCAGAUAUAAAAACAUAUGUAUUACAUUGACUCAUUUUGUCUUCAUUUCAAGAUAAAUUGUUUAAAUGAAUAAACAGACAUUAACUAUUUAACAUCAAACAUCUGUGAAUCAUUUAAAAUGGUAUACAUAUAUAGGCAUUCAGGAAAAACAUCAGUGUUUUCAGGAUCCAAAUAGAUAUAAGCAAUUUGAAAACAACAUUAUUUUGUGGUGAUGUCGAAUACUGGUCAAUAGAGGUGCUAAAACAAAACUAUUACUAACAGAAUGUCACUUAGUUUUCAAUAUGGCUGAAUCAUUCCGGAAGAUUCCUCUCGUGUUUUUGUUUACAUUGGCGACCACUCAGCAUUGUACAAGAAAGCAAAAACAACAUUAAUGACGAUACUAAUGACAUCAGAAUUAAUUUGUGUAAUAUGUUUUAUCAUAAAAGCAUUAUUGCGUAACUUAUCAUAAAUAUCUUCUUUACUACUUCAUAUUUUAACAUAGGUAGAUGCAUUCUCAUCAAAAUCAAUAAAUCACGUUUCUUCUUUUAAAACAAUGGGCCAUUAACUCUGAUAAACGUUGUAUCAUUUUCUCCACGUCGUUCCUGUUAUCAGUAAUAUAUUUCAAUAUUCCAAGAAAUGUAUCAAUUUCAUUCUCGUUGCCUGUGACAGUAUUUAUAGUAUGUUAAUGGCGCUAUUCAGAUUAUUGCUUUAUGUAACAACCGUCUCCUUAAUGUUAAUCGACACAGACAAAAGCAAAGCAAAUGAAAUCAGUUGUAUUUAACGUUUUAAUGUGAGGAUAUGUAACCCAACUCGCUAAAAGGAUCAAUUAAUACUUCAACGUGGAUAGACUAUUUGAGAGGUGAAAUUUCACAAGAAAAUGCUUUCAUAACUUCAGAAGAGAUUGAAAGGUUCAUUGGACAUAUUAGCAUGGCUUUCAAAAGCCCGUUUAACGGUUUAUCUAAUGAAGAUUAACCCAUGGUAUAACAGUAAAACACGGAUAGAUUUUUAAUUAAUUUUUGUUUGUGAUUCAAACUAUGGAAAGUUAUAUAUUUACCUUAAACUGUAAUCUAAACUAAAUAGCUGUAUAUUUGGUAAUAUUUUCGGGGAUUUAAUUUCGCUUAUGUUGUGGUAAUUGAAUAUGUCCCGGUAAUAUAUACUUCACAAAAAUUGAUGUACACAGUAAAUGAUGAGAUCCAAGUAAGCUAGACAACUCUAAAGUGGGCAAAUGGCACCACCAGGAAUAAAUUUGGACUCGUUGUUGACCACACUGGGUGAUUCAUGCGUCUAGCAUGAACAAUAAUAAGCAUGAAACUAGCUGUAUCAAUAUUGUACUGUUUCGGAAUAAGUAUUACGAUUUGAAUUUUAAUUUACAUAUUGAUUUCACUUUGUCUCACGAACAUAACAGUACUUUUAAUGAUCUUUUUUAAUGAACUUCUGUCUAUUAAGUAUUAAGGACCUAUAUCAUGGCUUCCUGCUUGAUAGGCAUACUUGUCAUGAAACAGCUCCUAAUGUGACUGUAUAAUAUAAAGCAAAAUGUUGUGUCCGUUCAGUGCUGUGUCUUAGCAGAAAUGCGCCAGUGUGUUUCGCUUACCAUUGAUUCACAUAACAUAACAGGAACAAGAGAAUUUAAUGAAUGACAUUUCAAUAUCCGUUAUUGUUAUAUGAUACCUUUUAUUGUAAAAUUAUGUGUUUAAAGUGUUGACUGUUAAUUUAUACCCCAAUUCUGUGAUUGAUAUAUCGGUGUGACAAAUAUAUUAUGGUAUAAUAAUUGGCAAGCGUUCUAGCUAGUCAGCUGGAACCAUUGUUCUGUGGAAGCAGUGCUAUUUAGAAUUCAAUAAUUAACAGAUAUCGUAAGAAUUGUCGUUUUUGAGUCCAGGAUUGUCUUGUAAAGUAAUAAACAAGUCCAUGAUUUUCAGUAUUUUGGAACGACAGAUUAGUCUUUAACAUCCUUGUAUGCGACGAUAAGUGUUCAGUCGCAUUUCGUUUAUUGAUAAGCAUCGCUCUUGAUAUAUGGUUGCCGAAUUAGACCCUUAUAUAAGGUAUUGGUGAAUUUGCAUAUAAUCACUGACAAUAUCUCAACUUUUAAUUUGGUGUACCAAUAAUGUAUCUCUAUCUGAAAUUAAACAUUAUCCUUUCAUUGUGUAUGCAUGCUAUGAAAAUUAUAUAUUAUAUACAAACAUAUAAUGUUUGACAAUCAUAAAAUGUCUAGAGAUGUAUUUUUUCAGAAAUAUCCGAAUCAUAUGACAUAACUGUGCUGUUUUAUUUUUCCCUCUCAUAUUAUUAAAGAUUUGCAUCAUUCA